CGCCGCACCGGUACAAACAUACACCACAUUGAUCGCAGACCUGCCGACUGAACAUCUUGUCCGACAACGUGAAGGUGGCAGCGACUCUGACACACAGUUUGACAGCGGCAUUUUGACGUCCCCGCAGGAAAGAAAAACGUGCAAGUCAUUGGGUUAACUAGUGCAGAACGAUUUCAAUGUGAAAACCUCUUUAAAUUUAUUAUUCUAUUGUACUCUAAAUAUCCAACGUGAAAUUUCUUUAGAUUAAGAAACGUUAUCAGGUGUGCUACAAAGUCAGAUGCGAGAUUCGUGAGCAGUACGUUUACGCGUUAAGAUCUCGUUGCUUAGGACACUGAAAACCUUGAUAAAUCGUGUGUAUCAGUAUCCGGGUAUAGAACACGAACGCCGCAGAAACGAAAUUUUUAACCGUUCGGAGAAAUAAAACGCGUUAAAGUUACGGAUUUGCGUUUUAAUCUGUUGCAUACGCAACAUUUUAAAAAUUUCGUUUACCGGAUCGAUCCACGAUGCCAAGGAAGAACCGUCGUCGCAACCAAGUGCCGGAGGACAGCAUCCAGCAGACGUGCCUGCUCUGCAAUCUUCCGGACGACAGCGAAAUGGUCUGCUGCGAUAAAUGCAAGCAGUGGUUUCACUUCAACUGCGUCGGAGUCAACGAAGAUGUGGCUAACCGCUCAUGGAGCUGCCCGGAUUGCGCCGAAGCUAGAGAUCCGGCUCUACAGCUGCCACUGUCAUCGACCCCGCCAGCAGUAGUUACAGGUGAGCUGCAAUCGUUUCGACCACCUCAAUCGCCCUUUGCGUCCCCGCGAGUGCCAAUUGCCCCCCCAACAAGAGUUUCGCCAGUGCCCUCUCCUCGAACACCAACCCCGCGCCCUCGUGUUUCUGGAGUGCAAAUGAAUCCCCCACCGACACCGCUUCCGCGUACCCCUCGACCGCAAAACCAACUGCCACCAGUGGCAGAGAUUCCAGAAGUGCAAAUCGUCGAUCCGGAAGUGGCAGAUGAAGUGCAUCUUGUGAAUAGACUGCCAGUGGACCUACGAAUUCAGUUUUUGGAGCAGCAGGAAGCAAUCGAGCAACGAUAUCUGCGUCGUAGAUUCCAGUUGUUGUUGGAGACUCCAGUCAACGUGAAUGCACCGAGCGGGCAUGAAGAAAACGUUCCGGUAGAUCGAAACAUCGGAUUUCCACCUGUGUUCCACUCCUCACCAGUGUGUCACAAUCAGUUGCCUCCACGUUCCACUUUCCAGAACAGAAUUGUUUCACCUUUCGUUCCAAUAUCGCAACCUCAGCGUCCGAAUUAUGACCAACCGAGUGUGUCAGGGGUUCCCACAUCGCAAGUCGACCGGCAAGUGAAUUUUUCGGCUUUUCGCUCGCACCCAACCGAUCCAACCGUACACCGUCCCAUCGCUUCGACGCUCAUUCCACCUCAGACUGACAAUCAUCCUAGUGCGCCUGCAAUCUCGCAUCCCGGUGACAAUCAUCGAACGCGCAAUUCUGCUUUCGCUCCGCUUAUGGGUAGUUUGCGUCCACCCGCUCAGGAUUUCUUUCCGUCGGCUUUUCACGAUGAUCCUACAGUGGUGGGAGGAACGGCGCUGCUCAACAAAAGCCAAAUCGCCGCUCGUCAUGCAGUCCCAAAGGAGUUACCUAUCUUUACCGGCGAACCAGAGGAGUGGCCCCUAUUUUUCGCUUCGUUCGAGAAUACGACGCACCUCUGCGGAUUCACAGCUGAGGAGAACAUGGUCCGACUACAAAAAUGCCUUAAAGGGAAGGCGUUAGAAGCGGUAAAAUGCCAACUGUUGCACCCUAGCAACUUAGAUCAAGUUAUCGCUACUCUGAAGAUGCUUUUCGGUCGGCCAGAAAUUAUCGUUCAUUCGCUGCUGCAGAAGAUCAACAGUCUACCUGCUCCCAAAGCAGAUCGUCUUGGAACACUCGUGGACUUCGCUUUGGCCGUUCGCAACAUGGUGGCCACAGUCAAGGCUUGUGAACUGGAAGAGCACCUAUGCAACCUCACACUUCUGCACAGUUUGACAGAGCGACUUCCUCCAAUGAUUCGUCUGAAUUGGGCGACCCAUCGACAGUCUCUUCAGUCAGUAACAUUAGCCGAGUUCAGCGACUGGUUGUACAAGCUAGCAGAAGCAGCUAGCACAGUGACGAUGCCUCAGUUCGCUGGUGCUAUCGAUAACAAAUCGCGCCGUGGCAGGAAGGAUGAUGGUUUUUUGAACGCACAUGCUGAAGCAACUCCGAAAGUGAAGCAACUAGAUACGAACCGUGCUUGUCUUAUCUGCCAGGGAAGUUGUGCCGCAGUAGAAAAGUGUGGGCGUUUUCUGUCGUUUGGCCUUUCCGCUCGUUGGGAUGAACUUCGGGAACACAAGUUGUGUCGCAGCUGUUUGGGCAACCAUCGUGGUCCGUGCAAGUCCGCAAAGCCGUGCGGGAAAAGCGGUUGUCAGUACAAGCACCACCGGCUGCUGCACAACGACGCCAAAGACAAACCGGAAACAUCAUCGUCUGGUUCCCGCGGUCAAGCCAAAGGGCUACAACAAGCCGUUGCUCCGGUGUCACGGGACGUCGAAUCCUGCAACACACAUCGAGGAGGAAGCAAAUAUGCUCUAUUCCAGUACAUUCCGAUUGUGCUGUACAACAAUGGGAUCGAGCUGCGUACCCAUGCAUUCCUGGACAGUGGAUCGUCUCUAACGUUGAUGGAGGAAAGUUUGGCGAAGCAGUUGGACCUGAACGGUGAGAAGAGCCCCCUGUGCCUGCGGUGGACAGCUGAUACCUGCCGAUAUGAAAAAGACGCCACAAUCGUUUCCCUCAACAUCUCCGGCACAUACGAUGGUAGCAGUCUACAUACUUUACGGGAAGUCUACACGGUAAAGGAGUUGAAGCUGCCGACACAAUCGCUACCUACUGCAGAACUGGCAGACAAGUAUUCGCAUCUAAAGGGUUUGCCAAUUGAACCCUACUCCAAUGUUCAGCCGAAGUUAUUGAUCGGCGUGAGCAACGCAAGGGUGAUGCAUAUUUUGGAUGAUCGCGAGGGGAAGCUGGAUGAACCUGUUGCAGUGAAGACGCGUCUUGGCUGGACGGUCUACGGCACGUAUGCGUCGGUGAAAGAUUCGAUUCCACGACUCCCGCACAGCUUCCACAUUUGUUCACAUUUCCACGGAACGGAUGACAGCCUGCACGAAGCAGUAAAAAAUUACUUCGCUCUCGAUAGUCUGGGAAUCAGCGCUCCACAAAAUCAGCUUCUCUCCAAGGAAGAUGAGCGGGCUCUAGCGAUGCUGCGCGAAGUCACGACUUUUCAAGACGGGAGAUACCAGGCAGGCCUACUGUGGAAAUACGACGACGUGCGACUACCCAACAAUCGAUCCAUGGCAUUGAGACGUCAUCGUUGUCUGACCAAGAGGAUGGAACGCGAGCCGCAGUUAGCCAAAACUCUGCGAGCGAAGAUGCAGGACUAUGAGCAGAAGGGAUACAUCCGUAAGUUGACACCUGAGGAGAGUCGUGCCACUGGAGAUCGCACAUGGUACUUGCCGAUUUUUCCGGUAUUCAACCCUAACAAACCGGGGAAGAUCAGGAUUGUCUUUGAUGCAGCUGCGUCCCUCGGUGAUGUUUCCCUCAAUUCCGUACUGAUGAAAGGACCGGACCAACUAAACGCUUUGCCGCCAGUGCUAUACAAGUUUCGAGAGCGGUUGAUCGGACUCGGUGGCGAUGUUGCCGAAAUGUUUCAUCAGAUAAGAAUGCGACCGUCAGACGAACACAGUCAGCGGAUCUUGUGGUGUGAUUCUGAGGACCUAACUGAGCCAUGCGAUUACGUGAUGCAGGUUGUAACUUUUGGCGCUACCUGUUCACCCAGUACAGCGCUGUAUGUGCUGAAUGAAAAUGCGUCACGAUUCGAGGAAAAGUACCCCGUCGCAGUUGAUGCUAUCUGCCGUCGUCACUACGUCGACGAUAUGUUGACCAGCGUUGAUACAGAGGAAGAAGCGAUCCAGUUAGCGAAGGAAGUUCGAUACAUCCAUCACGAAGGUGGAUUCCAUAUGCGGAACUGGGUGUCGAAUUCGUCAGCUGUACUUGAGGCCCUCGGAGAGAACCCUAAGUCCGAAAAGUCGAUGGAAAUGAAUACGGAGCUCGCCAUGGAAAAGGUUCUCGGUAUGUGGUGGAGCACAACGUCGGAUGUCUUCAGUUACAAACUCUGUACAGACCGCAACCGAGAGCUUCUGUCCGGUGCCAAGCACCCCACCAAGCGUGAUGUACUGCGUACACUGAUGGCUAUCUACGAUCCCUUAGGACUCAUCGCGCAUUACCUGAUGUAUUUGAAGGUAUUGCUACAAGAGAUCUGGAGAGCGAAGACCGGGUGGGACGAUCCGAUCGAAGAAAAGCAUCUGGAGAAAUGGUUGACCUGGUUACGCAUUCUUCCCGAGCUGGAGUCCGUCAAGAUACCUCGUUGUUAUUUCCGACACGUGGCAGGAAUCGACAAUGCUACUGUGGAGCUCCAUACUUUCGUCGAUGCCAGUGAAAGUGGCUUCGCGGCCGUGUCUUAUUUCCGCUUCGAAGUGGAUGGCUACGUCGAAUGUGCCCUAAUCGGAAGUAAAACAAGAGUGGCACCUCUCAAGUUCGUCUCCAUCCCACGACUGGAGCUGCAAGCAGCUGUUAUUGGUACGCGUUUGGCACAAAGCGUUGCAGAGGGUCAUUCUAUCAAAAUUGAUCGUCGCUGUUUCUGGACGGACGCUCGAGACGUCAUGUGUUGGUUACAGUCUGAUCACCGACGUUAUUCGCAGUUCGUGGCCUUUCGUGUUGGCGAAAUACUGGAGGCAACGGACAUCACCGAGUGGAGAUGGCUUGGCACGAAACACAACGUUGCAGAUGAUGGUACAAAAUGGAAGUGCAGACCAGAUCUCAAGCCAACAAGCCGUUGGUUUACAGGUCCAUCGUUUCUAUGGAAUCCAAAAAGCGAAUGGCCGUCUUCAACUCUGAAUUCCGACGAGACUACGAACGAACUCCGUGCGAGCUUUCUGUACCACAUGGAAGGCACAGUACGAACCAUUCUGCAGGCAGAAAAUUACUCGUCCUGGCAACGUUUGCUACGGGUGACAGCUUUCGUUCAUCGUUUCAUUGGGAACAUCAAACGCAAACAGAAGAAGGAGUCAAUGAUCCUCGGACCGCUCACACAAGACGAACUUUCCGCAGCGGAAUCAUUCCAGUUUCGACAAGCCCAGGCAGACGUGUACGGCGAGCAGUUAGCAGCAAUUUCAUCAAAAAAACGACUGAAGAAGACAGAUAGCCUAUUCAAGCUGAACCCGUUUCUCGAUGAUCGCGGAGUGAUGCGCAUCCACAGUCGAUUGGGAGAGUGUGACUUUGUGGACGAAAGUGAACGAAAUCCUAUCGUACUUCCUCGUGAUCAUCCCACUACCCGUCUCAUCGUCGCCAAUGUGCAUCAACGUUAUCAGCAUCAGUGCCAUGAAACCUGCGUAAACGAAGUUCGGCGAGAGUUCUACAUCCCACGAGUACGCAGAGUUUGUGAACAGGUUCGUCGGAGCUGUCAGCAAUGUAAGAUCAGCAGUGCGAGACCGGAACCACCAGCGAUGGGAUCCCUUCCCAAAGCACGAGUAGCAGCCUUUGUACGUCCGUUUUCCUACGUCGGCGUAGACUUCUUUGGACCCUUUCUCGUCCUCAUUGGUCGUCGACACGAGAAACGUUGGGGUGUGAUUGUUACUUGCCUGUCAACCCGGGCGAUACAUCUCGAGUUAGCCGCUUCGCUGAACACAAGUUCCUGCAUUAUGGCGCUACGGAACUGCUUCGCUCGUCGUGGGACUCCUGUAGAGAUUAGAAGUGAUCGUGGAACAAAUUUCGUCGGCGCAGAUAAGGAACUUACGGCUGCGGUGACGGCGCUAGAUCAGAACAAGCUGAUGACCGAAUUCAACAGUCCGACAACAUCGUGGGUUUUCAAUCCUCCAGCGUCCCCACAUAUGGGUGGCUGCUGGGAACGUCUCAUCCGGUCAGUAAAGAAAGUUCUAGCCAUCAUCAAACCUCAGCGGGUGCCUACAGAGGAGGUGUUACGAAGCUAUUUAAUUCAGGUUGAGCACAUCGUCAACAGUCGUCCUUUGACACACGUUCCCGUAGAUGACUGUUCGUCACCGGCAUUGACUCCCAACCAUUUUUUGCUGGGAUCGUCGAACGGAUCCAAACCGCUCGUACCGUAUACGGAUUGUCCAACUGCGCUUCAACUAUCCUGGAAAUCUUCGGAGGCACUGGCGAAUCGUUUCUGGCAACGAUGGGUCACAGAGUACUUGCCUACAAUCACUCGUCGAACUAAGUGGUUCUACCCAGUGAAGCCUAUUGCGGUAGGUGACGUUGUCGUAGUAGCGGAUCCUGAUCUGGCACGGAAUCACUGGCCCAAAGGACGGGUUGUAUCGGUGAAGACUUCAGCGGAUGGGCAAGUUCGUUCGGCUGUUGUACAGACUGCUUCCGGAUUCUACGAUAGACCUGCGACCAAGUUAGCUGUAUUGGACAUCGGUGCAAACGGAAGUGAGCCGGACCAGAGUCCAACUACUGGGGGGGACUGUUGCGUACACCGAAUGUGUGCCGCCGCACCGGUACAAACAUACACCACAUUGAUCGCAGACCUGCCGACUGAACAUCUUGUCCGACAACGUGAAGGUGGCAGCGACUCUGACACACAGUUUGACAGCGGCAUUUUGACGUCCCCGCAGGAAAGAAAAACGUGCAAGUCAUUGGGUUAACUAGUGCAGAACGAUUUCAAUGUGAAAACCUCUUUAAAUUUAUUAUUCUAUUGUACUCUAAAUAUCCAACGUGAAAUUUCUUUAGAUUAAGAAACGUUAUCAGGUAGAUCUUAAUUCAUUAGAUUGUGGAAGGAUUUCUAAUACUAUUGUUGAACUAGGUGUGCUACAAAGUCAGAUGCGAGAUUCGUGAGCAGUACGUUUACGCGUUAAGAUCUCGUUGCUUAGGUAAUUCGGCAAAUUUCGUGAAUUCUCAGUAUAGUUAAACUGUUUUUCAUUUAGGACACUGAAAACCUUGAUAAAUCGUGUGUAUCAGUAUCCGGGUAUAGAACACGAACGCCGCAGAAACGUAAGUGUUAGUCGCACUAUUUGUAACCUUAAAACUAAAUAAACUAU